GAUGACAUCAUCCCGCAUGAAGAAAACUGGGCUCAUUGAAUCUACAAGAAUCUCAGUUUUUCAGUGAUACCCAAUGUAUGCAAUUCACAGACUGUUAAGGUAUGCCAGCAUGCAGAAAUAUUCACAUAGAGGCCGAAAUAGCAUAUUUUAAUACAGAAAAACAAAUGUGUUUUUUGCUUUAAACUGCAUUUUAAUCGUCAUAAAGCAGGCAUGGCUGUAAAGAAGAGACUUUGAGGAACCAAUGGAGCCCAUUUUCAUUCAGAUAUCUUGAGGUCAGGGUACAGCUUCCAUAAAGGGAAACACUGAUACACCUUGAUGAGGUUUUUACUCUUGUCCAGUAAGCUGUUUGGGCCUGCAGUCGUAAAGAGUAUUCCCCUUAUCACAGGGUACCUACAUGACUCAGUGCUUCCCUCUAAAAAUGUAUCUCAAAUACGUUAGCUACAGUUCCACCUUUGCCUCAUGUUAACCUGCUUUAAACUCACUAAAGUUAUGUGUAAACAAAAAAAAGAAAAAAAACACUGCAGUAAGAGGCGGAGCAAAACUGGAAAGACGAAAGCUUCACUGUCAUAUCAAGCUAGACAGUGGAGACGAAUACAUAGAAACAAAGAAACAAACUGUCUUAAUCAGGUGUUUUCCCCCAACAACACAGCUCUCUGCUAAACACUGGUGAGUACAACUGCUAAUGUUGACCGAGUUUUAAAAUCUAACUCCUUUUGUUUAAAUAAUAUCAGCUGUACUUUUCCUGCAGCUGUUGUCCAUAUUUUUUUCCAUUUAUCGAAAGAAUAAAACAUUCAAAGAACAAAAGACAUUUUUUGAAUAUAUUGGACAUUCGAGACACUGUUUUUAGUGAGUAAACUAAGCUUCUGAGUGGGGCCUUUUCUCUGUGAGCAGUUGGCUGACACCUGAGAACCAGUUUGCUGACUGACUCAGCGAGUUUUGGUUCUGCAUAUACUACAAACAGUGAUAAAACAUGUUUGUGUCCCGAGUGUUGCUGAUGUAUCAUUAAGUUCAGACUUUUGCCCCUGUACAGCAUUCAACAGGAACUUUGCUUUUAAGUUUGUAUUCUUAACACGGCUAGUUAGCUUAGCUUGCUUAAGUUAGCACUAAUUCCCACUAGCAUCACAUUUCAUUCAUGUUAUUUCAACACCUGUGUUAUCUGUCAUCCUUUAACGGUCCAGUUGUACCAGCAGCAACUAACCAGACUAUUAUACGACAACAUGUAGUCCUGUAACAGUUUUCAUUUGUAUGAAGAUACAACCAUUACACCACGUGCAUUAAAAUAUAAUCGGUGCAGCGGUGACUCAGGUGAUAGAAGGGCUGUCCAGUAAUCAGAAGGUCUUUUGUUCCCACUUUGUAGAUAUGGCUACUGUGUCCUGCCUGCUGUCUGAAGAUCAGUUUCUGUGCUCCAUCUGCCUGGAUGUGUUCACUGAUCCCGUCAGCACUCCAUGUGGACACAACUUCUGCAAAAGCUGCAUCAAUGUACACUGGAAUGCUAGAAACCAGUACCUGUGUCCGAUGUGCAAGAAGCUUUUUACCACAAGACCUGAGCUGCAUGUCAACACUUUGUUCUCAGAGAUGGUUGUUCAGUUCAGACAGUCAGCUCAACAGGAAGCCAGCAGCAGCAGCAGCAGCAGCAGCAGCAGCAGCAGCAGCCCAGGGCAACAAGUGUCCGAACCAGGAGACGUUUCCUGUGACGUCUGCACUGGAACCAAACUGAAGGCCUUGAAGUCCUGCCUGUUGUGCCUGGCCUCCUACUGUGAGACUCACCUGGAGCCUCAUCUGACAAUGCCAGGCCUAAAAAGACAUCAGCUGAUCGACCCUUUGGAGAACCUGGAAGGCAGGAUUUGUACAAAGCACGAUAAACCCCUAGAGCUGUUCUGUAAGACCGACCAGACGUGUGUUUGCAUGCUCUGCACCAUUUCCGAACACAAGAUGCACGAGGUUAUUCCUCUGAAAGAGGGAUACGAAGCAAAGAAGGCCGAGCUGGGAGAGACCGAGGUUGAAAUUCAGGAGAUGAUCCAGAAAAGACGACUGAAGAUUCAAGAGAUCAAACACUCCGUGGAUCUCAGUGAGAAAGAUGCAGACAGGAAUAUAUCAGAAGGAGUUCAGGUCUUCAAUGCUAUAAAGAAGUCUGCUGAGAGUGGCCUGAAUGAGCUGAUCAAAACUAUAGAAGGGAAGCAGAAAACAACACAGAAACAGGCUGAAGGCUUCAUCAAAGAGCUGGAGGAGGAAAUCUCUGAGCUGAAGAUGAGAAGCACAGAGGUAGAGCAGAUCUCACGCUAUGAAGACCAUCUUCAUCUCCUCCAGAGUGUCCAGUCCCUAGACACCCAACACCCAACACCAACCAAGGACUGGACAGAGGUCAGCGUCCGUCCAUCAUAUGAGGGGACUGUGAGAAGAGCUGUGGCUCAGCUGGAGGAGACGCUCAGGGUAGAUGUGAAGAAGUUGCUUGCCGAGUUUGAGCUGAAGAGGGUGCAGCAGUAUGCAGUGGAUGUGACUCUUGAUCCUGAUACAGCGCAUCCUGAACUGAUCUUGUCCGAUGAUGGGAAACAAGUGAGUCAUGGUGAUGUAAGGAGCGAUCUUCCAGACAACCCUGAGAGAUUUUCUCUCAAACUCCGUGUUUUAGGGAAACAGAGUUUCUCUUCAGGCAGAUUUUAUUUUGAGGUUCAGGUGCAAGGAAAGACUGCGUGGAACUUAGGAGUGGCCAGAGAGUCGACAGACAGGAAAGGACUGAUCACACUGAGCCCCCAGAAUGGUUACUGGGCUAUAUGGCUGAGAAAUGGAAACGAGUACAAAGCUCUUGAUGACUCCCGUGUCCUUCUCGCACUGAAGUCUCCUCCUCAGAAGGUGGGGGUGUUUGUGGAUUAUGAGGAGGGUCUGGUCUCCUUUUAUGACGUAGAUGCUGCAGCUCUCAUCUACUCCUUUACUGGCUGCUCUUUCACUGAGAAACUCUUCCCAUACUUCAGUCCCUGUAAUAAUUGUGGUAGUAAAAGAAAUGAUGGUGCCAAAAACUCUGCACCUCUGAUCAUCUCUCCUGUCUGAGUAAAUUAAUCACUUAUCUGAUUUCAUGUACUCAUUUAUAUCCAUUCAGAGUAACAACUUGCAUUUUUAGUGUGAAUAUAGUAUAGUGAACAUUUUUUGGACUGUGGGGAUUGAUUUAUGCUUCUUUGGUAGUUUGUAUAAAUCUCUUUACAAGGAAAAAAACAAUGACCUGAUACAUUCCUUUUUUCAACUUUGCAUGAUGAGACACAUAAUUUGGAGAAAAUCCAUUUAAACCUUUGAAUCCCAAGCCUUUAAUUGCUCCAUUUACAUUCUACCCACUUGAGCCUUGUAUUUCAGUAUAUAAAAUAUACUGUACUGUGCAAAAGUGUUAGGCAGGUGUGAAAAGAUGCAGAGAAGAAUUUAUGCUGGUUUGAAGGUAAAGGGUUAUAAUAUUGAUUUGAUUCAGAUUUUUCUUCUGUUCACUCACUUUACAUUU